CUUAUAUCUACUGCAUUCCAUAUACUCAGGUUUGUUAUGGUUCCAUCACUUCAACCGGACUGGACACUUCUUCUGUUCUUCAUUCACACACAUGGGACAGUCACAAUGACACUCACCUUACUGUUUGUGCCCAAGUUCUUGCAUGCAGGAGGUCCUCUACAGGAAGAGAUUGCAGCUGAAGUGUAUGAAGAUGAGCUGGACUUGAGGCGUUCUCGAUCCAAUUUAAAUAGCAGCAUCACCUCCGCCUGGAGUGAGCACAGUCUGGACCCAGAUGAUAUCAGAGUAAGGACUGAGAUGUGA